GUUGUUCUUUGGGUGCUUGAACCUCCCGAUGUCAACUCCACUUUUCUUGGACAUGUUCGACGGAUCAUAUAUACUCAACCUCACAGACCCACAUCAAGUAGCAUCAUUGGUCUAGUGGUAGAAUUCGUCGUUGCCAUCGACGAGGCCCGUGUUCGAUUCACGGAUGAUGCACAGAUCUUCUUUUUGCUUGGCUUCGCUUGGCUACAAACUGAAGUCAGCAUCAUUGGUCUAGUGGUAGAAUUCGUCGUUGCCAUCGACGAGGCCCGUGUUCGAUUCACGGAUGAUGCACAAGACUUGACCAGUUCUUCUUUUUUCAUGUUUUGA